CAUAUGUACAUUUGUGGCGCUGUUGAUGGAAACUCCCGCCUGAUCACCUUUCUAGAUAUCACAUGUGAGAAUUCAGCAAGGAACAACUGUGUUUUCUUCUUAUGUGGUGUUCAACAAUAUGGAUUGCCAUCAAGAGUCAGAGUGGAUGAUGGAGGUGAAUACAUGGAAGUAAGGCGCUAUAUGGAAAGAGAAAUGGGACAAGGCAGAGGUAGCGUAAUUGUGGGGACUUCUGUCCACAAUCAGAGGAUUGAAAGGAUGUGGAGAGACGUGUAUGCAAAGGUGUUGGCGAUUUAUUACAGACUCUUUUACCACUUGGAAGAUCAUGGCAUUUUGGACUUGUCAUCUAACAUUCAUUUAUUUGCACUUCAUUAUGUGUUUGUACAAAGAAUACAGCAGGACUUGUCCAGGUGGGCUGCAGCUCACAAUAAUCAUGGCCUAAGAACUGAGCACCAUCAGACACCCAUGCAACUGUGGAUGUCUGGCAUUAUCCAGCAAUCGCAAUCCAGUUCUACUGCCAUCAGAAAUGCACUCAGUUUUAAUAUUGAUGCCGAGGUUGUUAGGGAGCAUCACAGUUUGGAUUGGGAAGAACAAUCAACAAGGCUAAAUGUCCCGAUCAGCCACAUUCAUGACCCAUUACCAGAAGAGAGACUGAUCGAGAUGAGCCAGCAAAUUAAUGUGAUGGCAGAGUGUGAGGAUUAUGGAUUGGGAUUUUAUGGACGAGUUGUGCAGUUUAUCACUACACACAGUGUUUAAAAAUGAUUUUCUGUUGUGAAAUUUUGUUUACAUCAUCUAGGCCCCUAGUUG